AUGUUCGGGCGUCGACGGAGACCCAUUCUCGGCGCCGCCGUCGUCGUCGGCGCAUCCAGGUCUGCCGCCAGGCACGAAGUAGAAAGGCAGGCAGCUAUGAACACCCAGCGCGAGUUGGAGAUACAGCGCGAGGUCGAGCUGCAGAGACGCAAUGAGGAAGAACAGGAACGACGAAUGCAGCGCGCCGUCGAUGAAGCGAUACAGAAGGCGGCCGUUGAAAACCCAGCUCCUCAGCCCAGCGCCGCUGCACUUGCACCACCACCGCCACAGCAGGCAACCCUACACACCUGGUAUAAACGUAUCGCCCGGCAUCCAGCCGGAGCAACUCAUGCCGUCUCCUCCACAGCCGCCGGCAUACUCGCCACGAUCUAUAUCACAAGAUGGAAGGCCAAGGAGUGCCCAAGGCAUCAGUCCUACAGUGCCCGCUGCAGGGUUAACAACUAA